GUGAAAGUUUGAAAGGGGUUUUGAUUUGGUGGGUGUAAAUAUAAGCUGUCUGUCUACAAUACUGUCUUUGUAGAGAACUUUGAUUUUCAUUUUGAUGAACAUUUGCAUUUCACCUUUUCCAACUUUUAUUUUUCAGUUUUUAAUUGAAAAUCUAGUGCAAGUUCAGUGAAAUCAGCAGAUGACAGGGGAGAACUUGUAAAAGAACUCAGAUGGCACUACAAACAGUAUGUGAAGACAGCAAGACAAAACAAAGAGAGGCUUGCCAAUGUAAGUGUGGUUUCAAAAAAGCUGGAGGGAGAUAAGAUUUUCCUUUGGAAAUUGAACUAAAUUCAUGUUGUUCUCAGAGUUGUCACUAGAAAAUGUAACAGGAGUUUGAUCUGAAAAGAGAAAGCUGCUGAAUUGAAUUAUGCUUAAGUUUUAUAAGAAAGUGGAGGGCAGGGAAAAAGUAGAUUCAAAGAUUUAGAUUUAUUCUCAUCUGAUUAAAUAGAGCUUCUAGUAGAGGCAAUCACCCAAAAAACUUUUUUCAUAUAUGCACCUGCAUACACAACACCUAAGCCUAAGCUAGUGGCAUGUUGGAUAACAGUUAUGGAGGAUCUGAUAACCAGCAAAAAAUUGAGACAAGAUUUCUUUGGUGACUAAUGUGGACAAAUUUGGUGAUUUACUAAGCCUUUUACAGAAAUUUUGGUUGUCAAGUUUAUUGCCAUUGUGAGAAGUCCUUCAAUAGAAUCAUCCAUUGUGUUCAGUGAGCAGCUGCCCAAACCUGAUCAACUUGUCUGAAAACUUGACUUUAACUGGAAGAGAGCUUUUACUCAUCUAAGGGAUUUAAAACAAUCAAUAAACUAUUUCAUGUUCUUUACAUACUGACUAUUUCUUUGGAUGCAUAAGUUGUGAUUUACAUUUUCCUUUGGUGUAAGAUUUUUAACCAAUUUAAGUUGUGUAAGUUUUUGUAGUGUUGAGACCAGAAAAAUUGAACCAGCUUGACAUAAAGAAACUUUUGAUCACAAGGUUGACCUACCAGGAAAUGUUACUUUUAGACAUUCAGAACUUGUUCAAUACACUUUUUUGACAUCUUUCUGCAUUUUAGUAAGUAUUCUUACUUGGUAGAUGACAAUUCAAACAAUAACGUGUAUACUUUUUGUUUUAUUAAAUAAUAUUGCUUGUUUUGCAGGGUAGCCAUCAAAAUGCCAAUACCACCAACAGCCCUGUAAUUCAGACAAACAGGUGUGACCAAACAAAAUGUGGCAGACCUGUAGACAUUCUUGAACGUGUGGCAGUGGAAAAUCAUGUAUUUCACAAAAGCUGCUUUGUUUGUGCAAUAUGCAACUCUUGGCUAAACCACUUUAACUACUGAUUUGUUCCUGUCUACGACAAAAUUAAUUUUACACUAUCAGGAUUCAACACUUGUUGCAUUCAACACUAUCAGAAUAUUGAGAGUGCCAGUUUUGGAUUAGGAGAAGAUAUUUGGCAUGCAAUGGGUAUAGGACCAGGAGUACAACGGCAAUUUAAAUUUACACCAGGUGUGUUAAGUACAUAUUUCCUUUUUAAUUAAGUAAUUAUAUUUUGGGAAGGAAUUUAUUAUAGACUCCAGCCUCCCAGCAUUUCUAAUCAAUCACAAUCAAUCAUCUGGUUGGAGAUAAUCUGCCAUAUCACAGGUAGAUUGGUAGCAAAUUGAAUGAUAACAGUUCUAAACAGUUUAAAGAAGGAUGAACUUUCCACAUGCUUAAUGGUCAAUCUAAUAACUUAAUUAAAUUGUUUGUUUGGUCUCAACAAAAAGAAUACAGGUCCUGGAAAGACCUGGAAAUCUGCUUAAUCUAACACUUUAGAUCCCAAGAUCCAAUUGUUAAUUCUCCCCUCUAGCUGGCACAUUUUCUUGUAAAUCAGUUGUGAGAAUUUGGUGUUCGAUCAAAAUAAAAACUUCUACCUCUUAACUUUAAGUAUUCUCAUUAGUAGUCUGCUGGAUAAUGUAUGGUUAUUGUAGGAAGAGGUUACAUGUUAAUCACUUCUGGGAGUGAAAGGUUUAAGCAAUACAUAUUUCCCAAUUUACGUUAUAAGAAAUGUAUGUAGACCUUAAGGAGAAUUGAUUUUGAAAUCUUGGGAAUGAAAGGGUUUAAGGUAAAAUUUGGAGUACUAGGAAAAUCUAUCUGAGUCCUGGAAAAGUCCUUGAAAUGUGUUUUUGAAAAAGGGGAAGAACCCUGUAAUCAUUUUACAGUAUGGGGAGGAGGGCACAAAAUUCAAGGUAAUUUCAGAAUUGGCCAGUUCAUGUUGUAAAAUUAUCUGUAAAGAUCAGUGUAUUAUUUUAAUGAUGAUGGUAUAAAACUACCAAAGAACAUUAGGAAAACACUUAAAAGACAAAGUGGGGUACAUGUAGGAGGCCAUAGGUUUGGGUCCCAGACCAGAGAAACACUUGGUGGUUAAAAUAACUGAGUUAAAUGUGUGCUCUUUAAAAUGACCUCUACAAGUGGUUGGAUAUUCUGAUCUUCUUGGAUGAGGAGUCUAAACCAAAGAACUUUUCUCCUGUAUUUUCAUUGGUAUGACUCAGAGGAGGACCUUGCAUAAUACUGGUUUAUUGAGUAAAUACAUUUAGCUAUUGUGAGCAACACUCACAAGCUAGUUUUCAGUCUUGGCACAGAAAAUGAAUUUAAAAUUAACUGAAUAAAUGUAAUUUCAUGAUAAAAACUGUUUUUCUUUGAAACAACUUUUAUAUAAAAAGUUUAAAAAUUUGGAAAGAGAGUCCACCAGUAAUUAGAAAUCUUAAUGUUACUUUAACCCUUCAACUCCCAAAGGUGAUUAACAUGUAACUUCUCCCUACAGUAUCCAUACAUAAUCCAGCAAACAGGUAAUGAGAAUACUCAAACUUAUCAGGUUAAAGAUAUUUUGAUUAAACACCAAAUGCUCAUAACCAAUUUACAAGGAAAUAUGUAGCAGCUGGAGGAGGGAAUUAACAAUCAGAUCUUGGGAGUUAAAGGGUUAAAAUAACUUUUUUUAAAAGGAAAAUGUGAUCAAGAUGGGCCUAGCAGGUCUAAUUUUGUUAUGGUGUUUUUAAAAGUACAUUAAAAGAUGGUACGAUCUUACUGAUUUCCAUCAUUUCAGUGCAAUUUACCUCCACAAUUUUAAUUUAUAAGCCAAUGUGUUGGUCUGUGGCAGCUUUAUGAUAUAAGUUACCCAAAGUUAAAUCAUAUUAAUCAUGUUAGACCUUAAAGAACCCAUGCACUUACUGUAUCACAGAAUAAGGUACAAAUACUAGUCAUGUUGUGGACUAGUCUUUGUGUGCUUAUUUCAGCAGAUCCAUAUCAGGAUAUCACUGCCAAACUCUAAAGUACUCCAACAAAUAAGCAAAAAAAAUAUAAUAGACUUGAAUGGAUUGCACUCAAAAAAAAAAUUUCGACCCUUUUUUUUUUUUUUUCAAGCUUAUCCCAGUUUGGAUAAAUUUGUUUUUGUAAUGCUUAGACACCAUAAUUGCUUGUCAUAUGAUUAGCAAGUGAAAGACUCUUACCAUGCCUAUUUUUAUUGAAGAGGUUAUACUAUUUAGAUUACAAAACUAAAGUACCAUUUCAAAUUUGGCAUGGUUUAAUUUAUGAAUUUUGGGGCUCUAUUCAAAGUGAAAUUGUGUUUAAAUUUUUUUGUUUUGUUUUUAAAGUUAUAGAAUUCAAUUUUUUUUUGUUUUUGCAGAAGUCACAACAUGUUUUGGAACACCUUUUGAAGAGUGAUAUUCCUUGUGUGGCCUCAAGAAUGUCUCGAUUUUGCACAAAUUUGGAAGGAAUUACAAAAUCAGAAAGUGGUAGUGUUUUAUCCAAGGCUACAAAGGUGAGUGGAUCAGAUUAAUUUACUUAAUAAGGAAUGAUUUGUUUUAUGAAAUAUCAUGUGUGUGGAUAUGCAUCAUUCACAUAGUGACAGAAAAAAUAUAUUGUUUUUACUUAGAUCCUGUAUUUACUGAGUGCAAAAAGAGAAAAAGAGGGAAAUGAGAAAUGUAAGGAUGAUGCAUAUAAUAUUGAUCAUGGAUUUCGGCCUAAAUCAUUGUGA